GGCCCCUCCCGACAGCCUCCCGGGCGCGCGCAGCUCCACUUCCGGCGUAUGAGGCGGUGACAAUGGGAGCGGCGCGGGCGGCGCCGGGAGGCAGCUGACAGGCGUCUGCAGCUUCGCUUCAUGGCCGCUCUCCCGCCCCGCCUGGGCUCUGUGGGGAGUAGGGGAGCCCGUGGCGGCCUGGAGCCAGAGCUGGCGAGCCGAGCGGAGACCUGUGCGCUGCGCCGCUGAGGCGCAGCAUGUGAAGCGGAGACGGCAUACAGUGCGGGGCGAGCUUCUCAGCCGGCCGGGAUGGCUACGACGGCCGAGCUCUUCGAGGAGCCUUUUGUGGCAGAUGAGUAUAUUGAACGCCUUGUAUGGAGAACCCCAGGAGGAGGCUCUAGAGGAGGACCUGAAGCUUUUGAUCCUAAAAGAUUAUUAGAAGAAUUUGUAAAUCAUAUUCAAGAACUCCAGAUAAUGGAUGAAAGGAUUCAAAGGAAAGUAGAGAAACUAGAGCAACAAUGUCAGAAAGAAGCCAAGGAAUUUGCCAAGAAGGUACAAGAGCUCCAGAAAAGCAAUCAGGUUGCCUUUCAACAUUUCCAAGAACUAGAUGAGCACAUAAGCUAUGUAGCAACCAAAGUCUGUCACCUUGGAGACCAGUUGGAGGGGGUAAACACACCCAGGCAACGGGCAGUGGAGGCUCAGAAACUGAUGAAGUACUUUAAUGAGUUUCUAGACGGAGAAUUGAAAUCUGAUGUUUUUACAAAUUCUGAAAAGAACAAGUGUUAUAAAUUUAUGUGGUCAUUAAAUGGUAAAUAUCAUGAUUUAGAAUGCCAACUGAUUCAAGAGUUUACCAGUGCUCAAAGAAGAGGUGAAAUCUCCAGAAUGAGAGAAGUAGCAGCAGUUUUACUUCAUUUUAAGGGUUAUUCCCAUUGUGUCGAUGUUUAUAUAAAGCAGUGCCAGGAGGGUGCUUACUUGAGAAACGAUAUAUUUGAAGAUGCUGCAAUACUCUGUCAACGAGUGAACAAACAAGUUGGAGACAUCUUUAGUAAUCCAGAAACAGUACUGGCUAAACUUAUUCAAAAUGUAUUUGAAAUCAAACUACAGAGUUUUGUGAAAGACCAGUUAGAAGAAUGUAGGAAGUCCGAUGCAGAGCAGUAUCUCAAAAAUCUCUAUGAUCUGUAUACAAGAACCACCAAUCUUUCCAGCAAGUUGAUGGAGUUUAAUUUAGGUACUGAUAAACAGACUUUCUUGUCUAAGCUUAUCAAAUCCAUUUUCAUUUCCUAUUUGGAGAACUAUAUUGAGGUGGAGACUGGAUAUUUGAAAAGCAGAAGUGCUAUGAUCCUACAACGCUAUUAUGAUUCAAAAAACCAUCAAAAGAGAUCUAUUGGCACAGGAGGUAUUCAAGAUUUGAAAGAGAGAAUUAGACAACGUACCAACUUACCACUGGGGCCAAGUAUUGAUACUCAUGGGGAAACUUUUCUAUCCCAAGAAGUGGUGGUUAAUCUUUUACAAGAAACCAAACAAGCCUUUGAAAGAUGCCAUAGGCUCUCUGAUCCUUCUGAUUUACCAAGGAAUGCCUUUAGAAUUUUUACCAUUCUUGUGGAAUUUUUAUGUAUUGAGCAUAUUGAUUAUGCUUUGGAAACAGGACUUGCUGGCAUUCCUUCUUCAGAUUCUAGGAAUGCAAAUCUCUAUUUUUUGGAUGUUGUACAACAGGCCAAUACUAUUUUUCAUCUUUUUGACAAGCAGUUUAAUGAUCACCUUAUGCCACUAAUAAGCUCUUCUCCUAAGUUAUCUGAAUGCCUUCAGAAGAAAAAAGAAAUAAUUGAACAAAUGGAGAUGAAAUUGGAUACUGGCAUUGAUAGGACAUUAAACUGUAUGAUUGGACAAAUGAAGCAUAUCUUGACUGCAGAACAAAAGAAAACAGAUUUUAAGCCAGAAGAUGAAAACAAUGUUUUAAUUCAAUAUACUAAUGCCUGUGUAAAAGUCUGUGCUUAUGUACGAAAACAAGUGGAGAAGAUUAAAAACUCCAUGGAUGGGAAAAAUGUAGACACAGUUUUAAUGGAACUUGGAGUACGUUUUCAUCGACUUAUUUAUGAGCAUCUUCAACAGUAUUCCUACAGUUGUAUGGGUGGCAUGUUAGCAAUUUGUGAUGUAGCUGAAUAUAGGAAAUGUGCCAAAGACUUCAAGAUUCCAUUGGUAUUACAUCUUUUCGAUACUCUGCAUGCACUUUGCAAUCUUCUGGUAGUUGCCCCAGACAAUUUAAAGCAAGUCUGCUCAGGAGAACAACUUGCUAAUCUGGACAAGAACAUACUUCACUCCUUCGUACAACUUCGUGCUGACUAUAGAUCUGCCCGCCUUGCUCGACACUUCAGCUGAGGUUCAAUUUACAAAGGGAAUGUGUUGUACUUCAGCAGGCCUUGGUUGAUAGAAAGCACAGGAGACUCCUUAUGACACAGCCAACAUUUUAUGGAAAAAAUGACUGGAAGAAAACAGCAGCCAUAGUUACCUUUGAGGUUUUAUUUGAUGUUUGGACAUCACUUAGCUAUAUUUUGCUUUUCCCCCCUAAGUUGAAUUUUAAUUCCAUUCUUGAACUUACAAAUUUCAAGUUCUGUAAAACUAGAUGUGACUGUUUUCAUUCUGGAAAAUGUCGGUAUCAGAAGGCAAAUGAAAUAUUACCAGUGUUCUGGUUUUAGUUCUUUAACAUAUUCCAUUUGGAAAUUUUACCAUUCUGUUUUGCAUUAAUAAUAGGUGAAAUACAGCAAAACCAAGUUUAAUGUUCACCAAUUUUUAAUGUCCUUUUCAGCACUGGUAAUUGUUAAUCAAGUUAUUUUAAGUUUUCCCAAGGAACUUUUUGCCUCUUUCAAAAGGUUAACAGCAUAACUUCUGCAGUUGGUUGAUUGGAUUUUUUCUGAGGUAGAACAAUAAUACGAUUCCAAGAAAAAUGUCAUAAACUAAAUUAAAAUGGUGAAAUGUUUUAUGUAGA